CGAACGGGCCAAGAUGGCGGCGCCCUCGUCCAGCACCGGGGAGUUUGAAAGCUGGCUAAAUGAGCGGCUGGACUCGCUCGAAGUGGACCGGGAGGUGUACGGAGCGUAUAUUUUAGGGGUCCUGCAGGAAGAAGAGAGCGACGAGGAGAAGGAGGACGCGCUACAGGGCAUUUUAUCCGCGUUUUUGGAAGAAGAUACUGUAGAUGACAUUUGUAAACAGAUCAUCAAACAGUGGACGGACUUUUGCAGUCGAAACUCUGCAAAAAAGGAUGGAGAAGAUGUGGAAGUACAGGCCAUUGCGAGCCUCAUAGAAAAACAGGCUCAAAUUGUGGUGAAACAAAAGGAGGUUUCUGAAGAGUCCAAAAAGAGGAAAGAAGCUCUGCUGGCCCAGUAUGCCAAUGUGACAGACGAAGAGGAUGAAGGGGAAGAAGAGGAGGCAGCCACUGCAAACCCAAUUCCUGGAAAUGAUAAAUCUUUAUUCAGAAACACCAACGUGGAGGAGGUUCUGAACAGACAGAAGCAGAAGAGAGACCAGGCUCGUGAGGACGCGCAGAAGAAGAAGGAAACGGACAAGAUGCAGAGAGAGAAGGACAAACUGGCCAAGCAGGACCGCAAAGAGAAGGAGAAGAAACGCACACAGAAGGGAGAGCGCAAGAGAUAAAACCAACAAAAUGGACACUUUCAAUGUGGGAAGAUUUUGUUAUCAAAUCUCAAAAUAAAAAACAAAGACCUUUUUAAGAUUUUGACACCUUUUAAUAUGUCACUACAAGUACCCUACUUCGUUGAUCUCUACAUGUUUAUCUUUGUGUCUGUUUACACUGAUCAGAACAUUUAGAAGGUCUUUUCCGGAAACUGUCAGGGUUGGUAUUUGGAAAUAAAGUCAAUGAAUUUACUAUUUUAAAUGAACAGUUAAGAAAUGCUUUUUUAGUUGUUGAUUUGGUUCACAGUUUGACAGUAACAAUGCUUUGGUUAAAUGGAAAAUCCUGGUUAUGGGACAGAUCUCUGAUUUUUCACUGUAGAAAUCACUGAGACACUGACCACUAAAUGCAUCAAAAGAAAUAAUGUAGCCAAAAUGUCUUCAUUGCAUAACCACAGAUGAAACCUUCUCUACAUUGAAUCACUCCUUGAAUGUAGGAUUACACCGUCUCAUUGCUAAACAACUAAUGUCUAGAGCCUAUUCAAAGGCAGAAUGAGGCACAGAUACUGCAAAUAGUUAUAUAUUAAGAUGAAAACGUUUUAUUUAAUUUUUAUUUCCACCACUAUACACAUUUGGGGGUCAAAAUUCAAAUCUGGUGAUGGUUACGAUUAUAAAUAGUUAACACAAGAAGCUCAGUUUCCUUUCUAGAGCAGCAGUUUAAAAAAGGUCUUUAAAGCAGAUCUCUAGACAUUUCAGAAGUUCAAAUAAGGAUGUUACAGAUUGCAGAUUUAGCUACAAACCUACAAAACUGUGUUGAAAUGUGAGGAAAAAAAAGCAUUUUCCAAUGAACAUGAAAUUAAUGCAAAAGUUUUUGGUAUGACAAAAUUCAUCAUUUACUUUUAUGAUUGAAAAUUAUACCUCAAAAAUGUAUCAUAAUUUGUAUGUUUACUAUGGGAAUCACAUACUUUUUCAAUAAAGCAGAA